GCAACUUCCAACGUUUUAGUUGGCGCUGGCAUGCUCUAGCGCUCACGCAAUUUCGGGAUAACGAAACAUGAUCUGUUCAAAUUGACACGUUUUACUGUAGCUAUUUCAGAGAUGUUUUAUUUUUAUGGUUACAAUCAAAACUGUAGCAUAAAAACGUUUAAACCUCACGCAUGUCACCCGGUUAGACUAAAACCACACGAUGUAAGUAAAUUGGUAUAUUUUGCUCGAGACAGGUUGAUCCACUCUCGUGCCAUGUUGGUGCCAAAUACGCGGUAAUGUGAGUAAAUAUGGUUAAUCUCGCGCCAUUCCAUUACUUAUUUUGGACUGAAACGUCAAUAUCAACAGUGAGGACCAGAUAGACCACCAAGGCUUUGACCAUGAUGUUCUACACUCAGCUCCUCACUUCCAAGCGCGGGCCUCUGUCCAAAAUCUGGCUAGCAGCGCAUUGGGAGCGCAAAAUCACCAAAACUCAUGUGUUUGAAUGCAAUUUGGAGAGCACCAUCAAACACAUAAUCUCCCCACAGACAAAGAUCGGCUUGCGGACUUUUGGCCACCUACUCCUGGGAGUAGUGAGGAUAUACUUCAGAAAAGCCAAAUAUCUACUUGCUGACUGCAAUGACGCUGUUGUCAAAAUUAAAGUAGCCUUCAGACCAGGACAGACUGACAUGCCUGUUGAAGGACUGGAGGCCACACUUAAAGCCAUCACGUUGAUGGAGGAUUUCACUGACUUCGAUUCCCAGCUACCAGACACAAAUGCCAUAGGUGUUGUGGACCAUUUUUUACUGAAUCAGUGCCGAACAGAGGACAUCACCCUCAAAGAGGAUUUUGGAAAUAGCUUUCUCACAUUUGAUGACUUUGGUGAUGAGACCCAGUCUCACCAAGGGGGCAUGUUAGAUGUGAGUUUCCUGAGCCUGGCCCAGCACGGAGAUGCUUUUGGCGAUGAGGACAAAGGCAUUGACAUCUUGGACUUCAUGGCCAGUUCCAGUGAGAAUGCUUUUUUGAUGGACCUUUUCCCAGCCGAACCACAAAAUGUGAUGCCAGAGAUUGCCCCCAUUAACAUUAACCAAGAAGGUCGUCCAGACUCUCCUACAUCUGUACCCAUGGAGGAGGAUCACCCUGUCCUGAAUGAGACAGCACCUGUCCUGAAUGAGACGACUCUGUUGGUCAAUGAGGAGGAGUGCUUCUCUCUGGAGCCUGUCGCUGUGACCCCGACCUUAGAGAGGAAGAAGGGGAAGUGGAGAAGGAGACUGGUGGUGGACCAGGCCAAGGAGCUGUCCAACCAGGCCAUCAGGGAGCAGCUCACUGACUAUUCAGAUCUCACUGCCCCACUGGACAUAGCCCCACCCACCCACCAACUCAUGCAAUGGAAAGAGAGUGGAGGGGUGGACAUGCUCUUCAGUCACCUCUGUGCCCAUGUCAUUCAUCCACACCUUCAACAGCUCUAUUCCAGUGAUGUGUUUCGGGGGAAAACAGAUCGAGUGGCCAAUGAAGAUGACCGUGAAGAGAUGAGACAUGAGGUGGAAAGCGACGUGAGCGACCUGCCCGGUGAGUUCAGUGUCCUGCAUGAGACUAUGGAUCCUGAGAGAAUGGGACACAAUGUGGAGCUCACUCCUCUGCACCACAAUGGGACUGACAACCCACCUGAGGACAUCUGGGACACAGUACAUGAUGAGAGUAGAUUUGAGGUUUCUCACCCUGAGCUUCCUUUGGAGGAUUCCAUGCAUGUCCAUCCUUCUGGAAUGGAGAGGGAAACUCCAUCGAAUGUGACAUGGAACACACAGUCUAUGGUGGACAGCCAGGAUGACUUUGAGGAGAGGAGGAUGACCAGCCGAGCUCAGAAACUACUAAACGCUCUCAAAAUUCAGAGCAGCAGAAGCAACGCCAUGUUCAGCCUGCAGAUGCUGUGUGAGAGGAACAGUCGCUCCCAGGCCUCGGCUACCUUCUUUUGCCUCCUGGUGCUGAAGAAACAGCAGGCCCUGGACCUGCACCAGAGCGAACCUUACGCUGACAUUAUAGCCACACCUGGACUCAGGUUCUAAGAGGUGAAGACACCUGCUAAUUGUGCCUCGUUCAUAGACUCACUGCUAUCUGUCAAUAACUGCACAAAACUCCAGCGGUCUAGACACCCUCGUCACACGUCUCAUAGCAUGGACACUAAUUAAGAACUGAUUACACCAAUAAAUAUUAUUUGGAUAAUAUUUAUCAAACUGGGUUGUGAUAUCCAGCACUAAUGAGAUAGUUAUGUCACCUCUAUGAAUCUCCCAGGACCCAGACCCAAGUCACUCCCUUUGUGAGAAAGAAUCCUGCUACAAGACAUAAUUUGGACAGGGUUAACAUCUGAUUUGUCUCAUUGGGUCAGAGUAAAGGUUUUGGAAUGUUCUGUUGUUGUUUUGUUGAGGAGCUUUAGGUUUACUUUACUUGUUUGAAUAAGAUGGUUUUGUUAUUGUUCCAUUAUGCCGACAGACUAGGAUUUGUUGGAUUUACCAAUUUCAGUAAUUUAAUAAGGGUAGUUUUAGUUCAGUGUUUUUAAUUAAGGAAUUGUUUUUAUUCUUAACGAUCUGUAAGUAUAACAGUGAAUUUUAUUCAAUGAAAUGUAUGAGCAGCCUUCUUCAAUGUUUGUAAAGUAUGUAUUUCAAGUCUCAAUUAAAAGAAGUACAAGUUCACCAUAGAAGGAUGUUGAGCUAAUACGUUGAAGAGAAA